GAAAAUAAUUAAACGCGAACAUUUCAACGAAUAUGUAUUGAUUGUUUAAAAUUUUCUUCAUUUAGAUAAUUCUAAAUAAAUAAAAAUUCUUUCUGUAAGUAUAAAAAAUAUAUUCGGCAAUAACGGAUAGCGAGAACACGGAAAGGAGAGCGAAACGUGGGUAGGAGAGCUCAAAAGCAAGAAGGAAAGAGAGGAAUUCUCAUUACGUAUGGAAGAGCGUAACUUUUGAUUCAAAUGGAGAGUAAUCGCCACGACGCUCACCGAGAUUACCCCCGUGGGAUUGUUCGAUAUUCUUUCUCUCUCUUUCUCUCUCUUUAUCUCUCUUAGUACAUUAUUCUUUCGACAAGAUCGAGGAGGACGCAAAGGGUGAGGGUGAUACCGUGACAACGCCCGGUGAUACCUCGGCGCAACCCUAUAAAACCUCAGGAUCGCUGCUGUAUCGGCACCAAUCCGUUUUGAGAGCUUCUCGAGGAAACUGUGAUAAGUAACAACAUCCAACGCGGGAGAAGAGAUGAUCAAAUUCAUCGGCAAAUUUCCCUGGACAUUGGGGACCUUCUCUUAUUCCUAUCUUCUUGUAUUAUUCUUCUUCUUGACGUCCUGUACAACCGCGGAAUACGAUUCAAGAGAUGUGGCGAGCAUGUCGAACGACAGAACGCAGGACAAUGAUUUUCGUUCGUGUACUGAAGGAAAAUGCAUAAAGCGGACUAUGCAAAAGAUGAGCAGUGGGAUGUGGUUUGGACCGCGACUUGGAAAACGUCGAAAGUUUGAAGGUAGAACGAGUAUGGACACCGAAUUGGAGGCUGUCGCUAAUGCUUUCGACGAUUCAGAUUGGACUAUUGUCGCUUUAUCAGGCGACAAGGGACGGACGGCUAAUCGAGUUAAGGUCAAUCAAGAAGGAGACUACGAUGAAAACGAACUUUUUACCAAGUAUUUAGCUUCGAAGAAUUUGGAGAGCGCACAAAACGAAGGGACGUUCUCCAGCGAACCAUUUUCUUUGACGAUUAAUCGCGGAAAUCGUCGAGUCCCUUUGACGAUUUCAUCGCGGUUUGCUCAUCGAUCGCGCGUUCCGCCGUUUUAGGAAAGAAAAAAAGAAUGAUAGCCCAUAGUUAACUCCCAAAAUUUAUAAAAUAAGAGAGAUUCGAUUAACUAACGCCUUAUUGGAAUUACUAAGAAAUAAAGUAUUCACGUUUGUUUGCAAUCCUUCAUUUAUUUCAUUUCGAUCCUAUCUUUCUUAAGACGUCAAAAAAUAAUCAUAUCGAAACGCGGUAUUUACGUUUGCAUAGCGUAGAUAAUAAAUAAAAAAAAAAAAAAAAAAAAAAAAAAAAGGGUGUGUAUUAUUGCUCGAAGAUAUUAUUAUUAGUAGGAGGAGAGAGAGAGAGAGA